CAUCUGCCUGCUCCUCUGCCAUCUGAGUGCCCUGCCUGCGCCAUCUGCUCCACCAUGGAGAAUGAGCUGCCAGUUCCCCACACAUCUAGCAGUGCCAGCACCACCAGCAGUGCCAGUGGGAUCAGCAGCAGCAGUGGAAGUGGCCGCCCCACAGGGCCCCAGAUUUCUGUGUACAGUGGCAUUCCUGACCGCCAGACCGUGCAGGUGAUCCAGCAGGCCCUGCACAGGCAGCCGAGCACUGCGGCCCAGUACCUGCAGCAGAUGUACGCAGCACAGCAACAGCAUCUUAUGCUGCAGACGGCUGCACUUCAGCAACAGCACCUGAGCAGCGCCCAGCUCCAGAGCCUGGCAGCUGUGCAGCAGGCAAGCCUGGUGGCCAACAGACAAGGGAGCACCUCAGGCAGCAGCGUGACUGCACAGGCCCCAGCCCAGUCUCCCUCGAUCAACCUGGCAGCCUCCCCAGCAGCUGCGCAGCUCAUUAACAGGGCUCAGAGCGUCAACUCAGCAACAGCCUCCGGCAUCGCCCAGCAGGCUGUGCUCUUGGGUAACACUUCUUCUCCAGCCCUGACUGCAAGCCAAGCGCAAAUGUAUCUGAGGGCGCAGAUGCUCAUCUUCACGCCCACGGCCACCGUCGCUACUGUGCAGCCUGAGCUCGGCACUGGCUCCCCCGCCCGGCCCCCCACCCCCGCCCAGGUACAGAACUUGACCCUCCGAGCACAGCAGACACCAGCUGCAGCAGCCUCGGGCCCUUCCCCCACUCAGCCUGUCCUGCCCAGCUUGGCCCUGAAACCCACGCCAGGCAGUAGCCAGCCUCUGCCUACCCCAUCACAAGGCAGAAACACUGCUCAGGGUUCCCCAGCAGGUGCCAAGCCUGGCAUAACUGACAGUGUGAUGGAGCCACUCAAGAAAGGAGAUGGCAACAGCAGUGUGGCAGGGAGCAUGGAGGGCCGGGCUGGGCUCAGCCGGAUGGUGCCCACUGUGGCUACCCACCCCCUCAUUGCACCAGCCUACGCUCAGCUGCAUCCGCACCAGCUCCUCUCACAGCCAUCCUCAAAGCAUCUGCAGCCCCAGUUUGUAAUCCAGCAGCAGCAGCCACAGCAAUCACGGUCUGCGCUCCAAGCCCCUUCCCAUCCCCAGCUCGCCUCAGUCCCUCCGAGCUUGGCCUUGCAGCCCAGCCCCGAAGCCCAUGCCGUGCCACUAGGCACAGUUACAUCUGCCCUGCCUCUCCAGUGCCCCACUGCCAAUCUGCACAAGUCUGGCAGCACUCAGCAGUGUCACCCUCCCACGCCAGACGCUGGGCCUCACAAUGGGUAUCCCGAAGGCCUGUCCCACCCCCCUCAACACAGGAUCCAGCAUGCCUCAGCUGUCAUCUUACAACUACAGCCUGCUUCACGAGUGGCCCAGCAGUGCGCCCUGGAUGAGUGGAAGGAAGUGGGGCCUGAGGAGAAGAGUGUGCCUGAAACUCAGUCUGGUCCGUCAGCACACCAGCAAGCUACCAUCACUGCCAUGCCUGGCGGCCUGCCUGUACCUAAGAGCCCUAACAUCCAGCAGUCCCCGGCUCACGAGACAGGGCAGGGCAUUGUUCAUGCACUGACCGACCUCAGCAGCCCCGGCAUGACCUCAGGGAACGGAAACUCUGCCUCCAGCAUCACCGGCACUGCCCCCCAGAAUGGUGAGAAUAAACCACCACAGGCCAUUGUGAAACCCCAAAUCCUGACGCAUGUUAUCGAAGGGUUUGUGAUCCAGGAGGGGGCGGAGCCUUUCCCGGUGGGACGUUCGUCCCUGCUGGUGGGGAAUCUCAAGAAGAAGUAUGCACAGGGGUUCUUGCCUGAGAAACUUCCACAGCAGGAUCAUACCACCACCACUGACUCCGAGAUGGAGGAGCCCUAUCUGCAAGAAUCCAAAGAGGAGGGAGCUCCCCUCAAACUCAAGUGUGAGCUCUGUGGCCGUGUGGAUUUUGCCUACAAGUUCAAGCGUUCCAAGCGCUUCUGUUCCAUGGCUUGUGCAAAGAGGUACAAUGUGGGAUGCACCAAACGUGUGGGGCUUUUCCACUCAGACCGGAGCAAGCUGCAGAAGACAGGAGCCACAACCCACAACCGCCGUCGGGCCAGCAAAGCCAGUCUGCCAACACUUACCAAGGAUACCAAGAAGCAGCCAACAGGCGCUGCCCCCCUUUCAGUUACUGCUGCACUGCAGCUAACACACAGCCAGGAGGACUCCAGCCGUUGCUCAGAUAACUCAAGCUAUGAGGAACCCUUGUCACCCAUCUCAGCCAGCUCAUCCACCUCGCGCCGGCGACAAGGCCAGCGGGACUUGGAGCUCCCAGACAUGCACAUGCGGGAUCUGGUGGGCAUGGGACACCACUUCCUGCCAAGUGAGCCCACCAAAUGGAAUGUAGAAGACGUCUACGAAUUUAUCCGCUCUCUGCCAGGCUGUCAGGAGAUAGCAGAGGAGUUCCGUGCCCAGGAAAUUGACGGGCAAGCUCUGCUACUGCUCAAGGAGGACCAUCUGAUGAGUGCUAUGAACAUCAAGCUGGGGCCUGCCCUGAAGAUCUAUGCCCGCAUCAGCAUGCUCAAGGACUCCUAGGGCUGGCCUGGGCGGCCGGGAUCCUGGCCCAGGGCUCCUCCUCCCGACUGAGCAGAGCCACACAGACAUUCCUGAAGGGCCCGGUAGCGGGCCAGUCGGUGGGAAGGGGCUCUCCCUAUGGGGCAUGGCUGGUGAGGAGGUCUUGGCACCUCCUCAGUGGCUCUCAGGGGCCUUUCUUUCUGUGGGAGGGGCAGAGAGGUAGGUGGCACCGAAGAUGGGGCUUUAUGCUUGUAAAUAUUGAUAGCACUGGCUUCCUCCAAAGUCCCAAUACUCUAGCCCCGCUCUCUUCCCCUCUCUGUCCCCCAUUUUCCAGGGGGUAUAUGGUCAGGGCUCCCCAACCUGAGUUGGGUUACUUCCAAGGGCAGCCAUCAGGCCUGGAUGGAGGCCUGGAAAGCCCUUGCCUGCCUUCCUCCUGCUCCUGUCUCUGGGCCUGGCUAACUGUUGCAUUGCAGCUUCUCCCCCUUCAGCCUGUUUCUGAAGCAGCCUGGGGUUCUCCUGCCCCUUCACAUUCUGCAGGUGGAGAGGGAGAAGCUGGGCCCGGCUCGGCCCCGCCUGCCGGCACAGACGCCUUAACGCUGUGUGUGUGACUGUGUGACGUGUGGGAGCCUGGACUGACAGAUAGGCCAAGGGCCAGCUUCUGGCAUCUCCAGGUGUUUUGUAGCAAACAGCCAUUUAGUGCUUUGUCCUGGAUUCCACUCAGCCUCAGGAUGGGGAGCAGAGAAGGCAGCCUCAGUGCAGAGAGGCAAGGUCAGAAAAUGGUGAGAUUAGAUUUUCUUUUGCAGACUCCUCAAGAUGUCCGAAGCCCCGUCCCCACACUGUGAAGUCCCUUGAGUGCCCUGCUAUGUCACAGACUGCAUUAAGGAAGCUGUUGGUGGGCUGGGCCAGGCUGAGCCUCCUGGCUGCCCACCCCAGGAGCCCCAGAGGCUGGGCCCAGAGAGCGUCUCAGGGCAGAGAAGAGCUGGAGUGACCGUUGAGUGAGACAGGCAGCCUGGCCUCCCGCUCCCCCGCUUUGCCUCUUGAACUUGCUAGCAGCAGUUCGAGCUGCCUGCAGAGGAGGCAGGGCAGGAAGGGCGAGGGCCUGCCUCUGACCUGCCCUGUCCUCCACAGCUCCUGGGGGAGAGGGGCUCUCCCCGGGCAGAGGGUAGGCAUCCUUCUUGGUUUGUUCCGUUCCCCACUCACACCCCCAGGCAGGGUUGGAAAUGAAGGACUUUUUUAUCCUUUUGUUUUUGUUUUUUAAAAAUAAAUCUGUAAAAUCUA